GCGAAGCCCGCGUCGCCGGCCAAGCUCAUCAAGGUGUCCCACCGGCUGUCGGCCGCGACGCAGCACAUUCUGCACGGCGGGGCCGGCGGCGGCGGCGGUGGCGGCACCGCGGAUGCUUUGGGUGCUCCAGCGGCCGCCACAGACCCCGCGGUCCCGGGCGUGGAGGGGCCGCCCGCCGCGGGCCGUGCCGAAGGUGCGCAGCCCGCCCCGCUGCCGCGCGCCGCGCCCCGGGCGGGCGCGGCGCAGGCGCCACGGGGCCGGCGGCCCGCGCUGAAGCGGCCGCCGUCCGCCGAGGCCGCGGCGGACGGCGGGCCCGCCGCGGACCCGCGGAG